GAGGAAGGAGAAAAAGAAAAGCCCUCACCCUGACACUCUCCAGCCUUGUUUCGUAUUGCGCCGCUCACUGCGGAGCUCCUGCUGGAUGUGUGCGCCUUGUCCUCUGGAUACUGAACACGCACACUCUUAUUAAACCCCACUCUACUCGCGCGCGUGCGUGUCGGCUCGGUCAUGACUUACACCUGAACCAGGCACGAAGUUAACCGUAUUCCUGGGCGUGGGGAGGUCGACAAAGCUCUCCGUGUACUUGUUUUUUGUGUGGUGGGAAUGUUGUUGAACUAAACUUCACCGGAGACUUCUAGCGGCUGAGUCACCGCUCCAGUCCGCCUCACCAGCAGCACUUUUCCCACAGCAGGAUUUAAAUUUGGGGACUUUUUUUCUUUUACACACCCCGAUGAAACGGAGUUCCAAAUCUUUUCAUAUUUUUGGGGAAUAUAACCUGAAAACACGGCUGUGAGUUGAGAAGGAUCCCAGCGGCAGACACGGAGGAUGGAAGGGGUCUCCACAUGAAUUGAUUUGAAAAGGUGUGAGCCUCCUUCAUUGAGCGUGAGGUGCCUCAAGUCAACAGAGCUCAACGGGCCUAAACACUGAAUAGGAGAGUGAGGUGAUUGAUGCCAUCAGAGAGCAACUGGCCCUAAACUCUGAGCAGCUUUGAGUCCACAGACUGUACAUGGUGUCUGAGGCAGCAUCGGUCAGCAGACGGUGAACGUUUCCCGCAGCACCAGUCAGACACAAUGGAGCGGUGGUGGGCGUGGCAGCUCGCCCUGAUCGCCAUAGCAACCGUUUACCUCAGCCCCUCUCAGGGCGCGCCUGUGGAGUUCUCCUCCGACACUCUGAUCAAUAAUGUGGUGGCCGAUCCUCACACGGGUCGACUUUACGUCGGCGCCGUCAACGCCCUCUACCAGCUGAACUCCAACCUGGAACUCGAAGCGCACACCGAGACGGGCCCCAAACGGGACAACCGGCAAUGCACGCCCCCCGUCACGGAGUCCUGUGAGGAGGCGGUGGAUACGGACAACCACAACAAGCUGCUGCUGGUUCACAGGGACAAAGACCUGCUGGUGGUCUGUGGCAGCGUCUUCAGAGGGAUCUGCUCGCUGAGGAACCUGAGCAACGUGGAGGACCUGAUAUACUUUAGUGACACCAAAGGGGAAAAGUCGUAUGUGGCGAGCGCAGAAGAGGGCGUCUCAGUGGUGGGAGUGAUGUCUUACUACAGCAAGGAUAAGGAAAACCUCACUGUUUUCCUGGUUGGUAAAGGAUACGGCAGUCACGACAGCACCAAGCUGAUCUCCACCCGCAUCCUCCAAGACUACAGGGACUGGGUGGUUUUUGACAGCAUCAUCGAGGCCUCGGCGGUCCAGGCCAACCCCUUUGUCCUGCGGUACCUGCAUGACUUCCGUUUCGCCUUCAAAGACAGCGGCUUUGUGUACUUCCUGUUCUCUCGGACGCUCGGGAUGCAGGACACCAAGACCUUCACCUUCAUCUCCAGGAUGUGCGAGGACGAUCAGAGCUAUUACUCGUACACCGAGCUACAGCUCAACUGUAGUGCCACCAAUAAGUACAACAAAGUUCAGGCUGCCUAUGUAGGAACACCAGGUCUGGUUUUGGCUCAAACUAUGACCAGUUCAGGCCAGUAUGGAAGAGUUUCAGCCUCUGACAAAGUCUUGUUCAUCACAUUCACUUCUGGUGAAGACUCAUCUGUUUCAGCCAUGUGUAUGUACCCUCUGAAGUCCAUCAACCAUCGGCUUGUUGAGAUAACUGGAGCCUGUUACAACCACAACGGCAUGAUCAACAACACGCUGGCCGUCUAUUCGCCGUAUUCUUCAAAGUCUGAGGAGCUUUGCAGCAGCAACAACCAGAAUGACAUGGCACUUAAAUUCAAGUGUGGAGCAGAGUUCCUGCCCUCACCGCUGGCCAGCAAGUCUGAAUUCGCCUUAAGAGCUGAGCCUUCAUUGGUCCGUAAGGGUCACAUGACUGCCGUAGCUGUGGCUGUGGAGAUGGACCACGCAGUGGCGUUCCUGGGCACCGCUACAGGAGAGAUGCUGAAGGUACAUUUGUCGGCUCAUCCUGAGGUGUACUCGCGAGCGCCAGGCGAAGUCACAGGAGACACGGUCAACAAGAACCUGCUGUUUGAUUCCAGCCUCCAACACCUGUACAUCACCACCGAGAAAAAGAUCACCAAGGUUCCAGUCCAUGCCUGCCACCUGAAGACAGACUGCCACUCCUGCGUCUCUAUGAGGGAUCCGUACUGUGGCUGGUGUGUCCUGGAGGGAAAGUGCACCAGAAAGCAGGACUGCAGCAGGCCGAAAGAAGAAAACACCUGGCUGUGGUCACCAGACCAGCAGUGUGUUAGGAUCGAGAGCUUCAGCCCACCGAACCUUAGCUGCAAGAAGACACAGCAGGUUCAGAUCAGCGUACCCAGCCUCCCCAGGCUGAUGGAGCACGAUAAGCUGCUGUGUGUUUUCGGCUCCUUUGUUACUGACGCCGUGAUAAUCAGCACCACUACGGUGCAGGUGACCUGCUCAUUGCCUGACCCCACGGAAAUCCCACCCACUCCUGACCAGCAGGAUUAUGUGUCCGUCCCAGUCACAAUUCAGGUGAACAGAACGAUCCAGGUGACGUCAGGAGAGUAUCACUUCUACAACUGUGCUGCUACAAUCAGGAAGAACCAAAACACACCGUGUAUAGCGUGUGUGACCAGUCAGUGGGGCUGUCAGUGGAACGCCCAGGAUCACAUCUGCAGUGACAGCGAUGAUGCUGUGGGUGGAGAACAUAUCGUCAAACCACAACAGCCGGACAGUUGUCCUCAGUUCGAGUCUCCAGAGCCGCUGCUGAUCCCCGUCGGCUACAAGAUUCCCAUCAGCUUCCAGGGUAGAAACCUUGGCAUCUAUCAGGACCGAAGCUUUUCCAUCGGGACUGAGCUGAUGAAGCUCACAGAAGAGGAUGUCGCACAAGAUCAGAUCUCCAGUUUCAAAUUCAGAGGUUAUGAGUUUGCCUAUGAGAAGCAGAAGGAAGUGAACAUAUCUUUCCAUAUCAAAGAGAGAGGCACUGAGAAGAAGAUUGACAGCACUCUGACAGUUGUGCUGUAUAACUGCUCAGUGGGAAGAGAAGACUGCAGCUUGUGUAAACAUGCUGAUGCCAAGUACCAAUGUGUUUGGUGCCAAGCCUCAAAGACUUGUGUUUACAGCGAGCUCUGCCCAACACCGGAGCCGGCGCAGUGUCCCAACCCCCAAAUCUCUGAUAUUAUCCCUCGCUACGGUCCUCUGAACGGUCAGAUCUCUGUGACCAUCAAAGGCUCCAACAUGGGAAUAAAGAAGGAGGACAUUAAAAAGAUCACAGUGGCUGGUGUGGACUGUAAACACCUGGAGGACAGAUACUCCGUCUCUACCAGUGUGGUCUGUAGGAUCGGCCCAGCAAAGCAAGUCCCUCCGUCCGACCUCCCUUUGGAAACACCCAACAGCGGAGCAGUGGAGAUAGAAGUAGAGGGGGGAAGAAAAGGUGUAUCUCAGGUCAUCUUCACAUAUCGGGACCCCGAACCAAAGUCUGUCACACCGUCAAAGGGCCCUGCAGCCGGAGGAACUGUGAUCACCAUCAAAGGAAAUAACUUGGACACGGCAACAAAAGACGACAUCAGCGUCACUGUCGGAAAUAUUCCCUGUGAAGUCCUCUCAUUUGGCGAAAUGAUCACCUGCAAAACCGGCAAGUAUCGUGUCCUGAAGGUGCCCUCAGACCAGUUGAAAGUGACAGUGUGGUACGGAAAUAACACCUCCAAAGACGUGGAAGCUGCAUUCCAGUACUAUGAAAACCCCAAAAUCACAGAUUACAGCCCCAAAGCCAGCUUCAUGUGUGGCGGCCGACGGAUUGUGGUGACAGGAAGUGGGUUUGAUCUGAUCCAGUCAGCCAUGAUGAAGGUCCAGCCGUCCUCUGACGAGUUUUCACAGAACAACUCAUCUGCAAAGUUUGUCCAGACGGCCGUCAGUAAGAACGACACUGUCCUGCUGUUCGACUCCCCAGCAGUGGAGUUCCCUGACCUCCAGUCCCUCAGGAUGACCCUCCAUCUGGACAACGUGAUAGAGGAGCUGAAGAACUUUGUCUAUCACCCCGACCCCACCUUCAACAAGCUGGACAAGAACGUCAUCACAGAGACCAGCAUCAUCAUUGUGACUGGUCGAGGAUUCUCCAAAGCGAUGACGGCACAUGAGGCCCAGGCGUUUGUUGGAGAUGCCUCCUGUCACGUUAACAUACUGCAGGAUGAUAAGUUGAUCCUAGAAGCUCCUUCUUCACAGCCCAGAGCCAAAUCUAAACGCCAGCGCAGAGACACGACCAACGACCUGCUGGACCUUGUGGUGAAGUUUGGUCAUGGCGAGUGGACGGUGGGUUCGGUCUACUACGCCAGGAAAGACGACAUUCCUCUCGCUAUAAUCAUCCCUGCAGUAAUCGUGCCAAUGCUGCUUUUCAUCGCUGUAUCUGUCUACUGCUACAGGAGGAAGAGUCAGCAAGCAGAGCGGGAAUAUGAGAAAGUUAAACAUCAGCUGGCAAAUCUGGAGGAAAGUGUUAGAGAUCGCUGCAAGAAAGAGUUCACAGAUUUGAUGAUGGAAAUGGGGGAUAUCACCGAUAUGAGCGAAGGUCGAAUUCCCUUCCUGGACUACAAAACCUACACAGACCGAAAUUUCUUCCUGCCAUCCAAAGAUGGCGCUAAUGACCCCAUGAUCACAGGAAGAAUACAAAUCCCAGAACCCCGCAGGCUCACUGUGGUUCAGGCGCUGAACCAGUUUUCCAACCUGCUGAACAGUAAAACGUUUCUCAUCAAUUUCAUCCGCACAUUAGAGAGCCGUCCAGACUUCAACGCCAGGUCUCGGGGUUAUUUUGCUUCCCUCCUGACGGUGGCGCUGCAUGGCAAACUGGAGUACUACACGGACAUCAUGAGGACGCUGCUGCUGGAGUUGAUGGACGAACAUGUGAAAAACAAAAACCCCAAACUGAUGCUCAGGAGGUCGGAGACGGUGGUGGAGAGGAUGCUUUGUAAUUGGAUGUGCAUCUGCUUGUAUCAGUUUCUCAGGGACACAGCUGGAGAACCUUUAUACAAACUGUUUAAGGCCUUAAAGCAUCAGGUGGAAAAGGGUCCAGUGGACGCCAAGUUGAAGAAAGCCAAGUACACACUGAACGACACAGGACUUCUGGGGGACGACGUCGAGUACUCUGUACUGACUCUGCAGGUGUUGGUGCACGGGCACGGACCAGAUGUGACACCAGUAAAGGUGCUGAACUGUGACAGCAUCACCCAGGUGAAGGAGAAGAUCAUUGAUCAGGUGUACAGAAACCUGCCGUAUUCACAGAGACCCAAAGUAGAAAGUGUUGCACUCGAGUGGCGCCCCGGCUCCACAGGUCAGAUCCUGUCCGAUCUUGACCUCACAUCCCAGAAAGAGGGACGCUGGAAGAGACUCAACACCUUGGCUCAUUACAAUGUUCGAGAUAACGCCACGUUGGUUCUGUCCACAGUUUUACACACACAGUCUUUCCACCAGCACCAGGACUGCCAUGAUGAGAAGAACGCGCUGCUGGAGGACGACAACACCUACCACCUGGUGAGGCCAGCGGAUGAAAUCGAUGAGGUGAAGUCAAAGAGAGGCAGCAUGAAGGACAAAGCCAUGACCAAGGCCAUCACAGAGAUCUACCUGACCCGGCUGCUGUCUGUCAAGGGCACUUUGCAGCAGUUCGUGGAUGAUUUCUUCCGGAGCGUGUUGUGUUCGAGUUCCGUCGUCCCUCCCGCCGUCAAAUAUUUCUUUGACUUCUUGGACGAACAGGCGCAAAGACAUGAAAACGUGGAUGAGGAGACACUGCACAUCUGGAAGACCAACAGCUUGCCUAUGAGGUAUUGGGUGAACAUCCUGAGAAACCCUCACUUUAUCUUCGAUGUCCACGUUUCGGAGGUGGUGGACGCUUCGCUGCACGUCAUCUCUCAGACCUUCAUGGACGCCUGCACCAAGACGGAGCACAAACUCAGCAGAGAGUCUCCCAGCAACAAGCUUCUCUAUGCAAAAGAGAUUUCCACGUACAAGAAGAUGGUGGACGAUUACUACAGGGGCAUCAGACAGAUGGUUCCAGUCAGUGACCAGGACAUGAACACACACCUUGCUGAGGUGUCCAGGGAACACACUGACAAGCUGAACACCCAGGUGGCCUUACAUCAGCUGUACCAGUUCGCCAGCAAGUACUACGACGUGAUCAUCCAGUCGCUGGACGAGGACCCCGCCGCCCAGAACAAGCAGCUCACCCUCCGCCUGCAACAGGUCGCCGCGGCCCUGGAGAACAAAGUCACCGACCUCUGACCUCACGGAGGGGGAGGAGCUUACAGGUGGCGUUUUCCAGGUGAGGACUGAAAGGAAGACGAGCUCGAGGACUCUGCUGAACAUUUAACCAUGAAAAGACUGAAGUGAAAGCAGCUGUGGAGGACGGACGGAAAGUAAAGCGCUGAUUUCUUCUUCACUUGUAAGGCGAACUCUCAGCCAGCAUCCCAAAACAAACAGCAUGGAGGGAAGAAACAUGGAGUUCUGGGAAUUCAAAGUUAUUUUUCUAAAGGUAGCUAAGGCGAUGGGAUUCUGCUUUGUUUGGCUUCUCUGGGCUGCGAGAACCAAGUUAAAAGUGCCACAUGACAAAUGAGGAUUCAAAACGUUGGGAAAUCUGAAGAAUAGAAGUGAAGUAAUCAGACAAAUAUUUUUAUUUAGGUACUCAGCUUUUUUUUUUUUUUUUUUUUAGAAGUUUGUGUUGGAAGUACAGCUCCUCCAGGACUCUUUAUGACCACUUUCAAGUUACCAAACUGUGGUUAUCAAGCAAAAUUUGCUUCUUUUUCCUGAUCUGAGGUCAGUUUUCUGCCUCACACAACACAUUAAUCAAGAACUUUGAUGUCUUCUCAGCAGUAGAAGACGAUGCUUAAUAAUAAGAAAAAAUCACCAACCCACUACGGUACACACCACUGCCUUGUGUCAUGGUUGAACAAAGAACGGUGAGUUCAGGGUACGAGGAGUUCGUAUUUAAAAGAAAUCAACAGAUUCUUCUUGUAUCACGGCCAAACGCUGCUGUUUGUAUCAGACAAGCUGCAGUAUGUUUAAUGUUAUUAUUUUCUGCACAUCCUUUACGCAGCGUGAACCGUAUCUUAGUUUUUAUGCUUUGGCGGCGUCUUCAUUGCGGCGGUCUGCAUCAUG